GGGGCGCUCGCUGCUGGCCAACCUCUCAGGUUUGGGGUCCCUGGGCUCCCGGCGGGCAGGGGGGGUGCCCGGGGACCUGGCCCACUGCCUGUGGGUGCUGUCGGUUUCACCCGGCCUGGAGCCCUGCCUGCCCGCCCAACCCUGCCCCGCUAUCAGCCUGACCCUGCAGCCCGACCUCAGCACCCCCUGCAUGCACAGCUACGCCUACGCCUUCGAUGGGCUGCCGGCCUUCCUGGACACCGGGGAGAUCCAGGCCGACCGGACCCUCAUCGGAGCCUUCUGCGGACAGGGCCGUGCCCAGCCCCUCACUGUGGAGGCCGCGUCAGGGCUGCUGGUUCUGUACUACGAGGCGAACUCCAGCGAGGCGUCAGGGUUCAACGCUACUUUCGCGGUGCAUCGCUGCUGGCCUGGCUGCCGGCCCACCCAGGAGUGCCGGGAUGGGCGCUGCGUGUGCCGGGGGCUAUGCUGGGCCCCACUGCCAGCUGCGGGUCUGCCCCGGGAACUGCUCUGCCCACGUUGGCCGGGCGUCUGCAACAUGGGCGAGUUCACAGUGGGGCUGGAGUCCACGGCUGGGCCCAGGAUCUGUGCUGAGGCAUGUGGGGGGAGGAGGUGA